CCUUGGCCCCCCCCUCCCCCCUCGUAAUUAACUGUCAAUCUAAGAAACAAAAAACUAUUAAUCACUCAACUUGGGUUAUCUAUCCUAAACUACCGUGCCACCACCAUACCACCACUGAUCACUCCACACAAACUUCUCCUUCCAACAUCCGCGAUAUACCUCGAGUCGUCGUCUGCUACUUUACAACUCACCCUUCACUCUAAAGUCUCCAACGCUCGAACUUCCAAAUCACCACCAUGGCCACCAUCGUCGCCGCACAGCUCGCCCGCCCUUCUAUUCGGCACUUCUCGGCCCACCGACCACGACCUGACAGUCGCGCUGCUCGCGUCGUGGCUAUGUCCUGCCUUGUCACUGGCGUGGUCCUCCCCUUUGUACCCCCCGCCCUCGAAAGCUCGCGGCAAAGGAACUCAAACUCCCCGGACAGCACCAAGCCCCACCCCCCACUGUGCUUCCAUGCCCGUUAGCACACGGGCGCGUCGAUCUGACUUUUGACACGAUUUCCUUUUUACAGUUGCAUGUUUCUUUUCCAUUGAGAUUAUGGGUUUCCAGUGCUCAGUGCCGGCACCAGUGCGGGACAUCUUGACUCUUUGCAUAUGAUACGGGGGCGUUGGGGGAUCGGGCGUUGAGUUUGACUACCUCUCUUGAUUAUGAUUUUCUUUUAUUUUCAGAUCCUUCUUCAGCAUGGGAUCAAUCGUUGGGGAGAAUCACCGUUACGAGACGGCUGGGAAGAGCUGUUAUAGCUACGGAGAUCUCGAGCAACGAGGCACGUAAGGAUGGACGUUACCGAAGACCAGC